GCUAAUCCAGGAGUAGUCAUUAACCCGCUACCUCGGAUAGAGACUAACAGUAAGAGACACGACAUAUUUGGCGACGAGGAUAAACAGAAGCCAGGAAGAAACGAAUCUCAUACGUAUAAGAGAAAGUGUGAGGUUAAAAUGUCCACGGUAGGUAAUCUAAAGCCGUUCGAUCCAGCAAUAGACGACAUCGAGGUAUGGAUUCGCACUUUUAAAGCAUUUUUGCUAGCGAAUAACAUGGAUUACUCUCCAGUAAGUCCAGAGGAGGAACCAAGUUCCGCGAAAACAUUGAUGGCAAGGAAAUGCGUAGCGACCUUAUUGUCCACACUAGGCUUGUCGGUAGUAGGAACAUUAAUAUCCUUACUUUCUCCAGAGGAACCGGAAGAAAAGACCCUGGAAGAAUUGUUCUCAAAUCUCAGAACACAUUACAAACCAGCACCGAAAGCAUUGGCGGAAAGAUAUCGGUUCAUGAGCAGGAAACAAAACCAAGGAGAAUCAACUGCUCAAUACCUCGCAGAACUUCGUCGUCUAGCCAUAAACUGUAAGUUUGAUACAGAUCUUGAUACACGUUUGAGAGAUCAAUUUAUAUUUGGUUUGCGUAACGAAGUAGCGCAAAAACAGCUAUUCACCAGACCGGAUGAAAUAAAGCUAGAAGAAGUUGUGGCUAUAACCACAGCACAUGAGCUCUCGGACCAAAGCCUGUCACUUAUUCGUGGAAGUACUCAUCAAAGGGAAGAGGUCAACAAAAUAAGGAAUAUAUCAAGGCAGAAAGAGAAUCAAGACAAGAAGAAUGGAAAAUCUUCGAAUAAUUGGAAAUCCAGGAAGGAAUGUACAAGAUGCGGCUCAACGGAUCAUAAUCCAUAUAAUUGUCCACACAAGGAUUCCAAAUGUUACGCGUGUGGGAAACAAGGACAUUUGGCCUGUAAAUGUAGAAACGGCUCACAAAAACAAGGUCAAGAAACGAAGAAACAAAUUAAACAAAACAACAUGAUAGAUAUUCGAACAGCAGAGGUACUAUCAUCCAGUCAAUCAGCGCAACGGAAAAUAUGGAUUACUGUAAAAGUAAAUGGAAUUCCUCAUCGGAUGGAAAUGGAUACAGGAUGUGAACGCAGCAUAAUUUCAAAGGAGUUUUGGGAAGAACUAGGCAAACCUGCCUUAGCCAAGUCAACACUGCAAUUCAGAACGUAUACGAACCAAAUUUUUUAUGCUAUGGGAGAAUUGGAAUGUAAUUUAAACUACAACAACAAAACUAUAAAACACGUCUUUCCAAUAACACGAGGCUCGUCACUAUUCGGUCGUGAUUUACUGCAUAAAAUUAAUGUAAAUUGGUCAGAAAUAGUAGCUCAAUGUAACUAUAUUGAUAAAAGUUUAUCAUUACAGGAAGUUCUGAAAGAAUUCGCAGACAUAUUUGAAGAGCCGAAAGGAUAUAUCAAGAACUUCAAAGCAAAAAUAAUUCUUAAGGAUGAUGCAAUACCUAAAUUCAUGAAGCCACGCCCUAUUCCAUACGCAAUUCAAGAAAAAGUAAAUCGAGAACUGGAUCUGAUGGAGAAAUCAGGAGUCAUUAAACGAAUUGAUCAUAGCGAAUGGGCGUCUCCUUUAGUAGUAGUACCUAAACCAAAUAGAAGAGUGAGAAUAACCGGGGAUUUAAAAAACACGGUAAAUUCACACGUUACACAAUAUCCUCUUGCAACGCCAGAACAAAUUUUCCAUACAGUCAGCGGAAGUAAUAUAUUCUCUAAACUGGAUGGCAACAAUGCAUAUCAUCAAAUGGAAGUAGAGGAGGAAUGCAAAAAGUUCCUAGUAGUGAACACCCAUCGGGGAUUAUAUCAGUAUAAUGUACUCCCACAAAGCAUUGCAUCCUCACCAGCCAUUUUCCAAGAAUUCGCGGAUAAAAUGCUACAAGAUGUUCGGGGUACAAGCACCUACAUCGAUGAUACGCUCGCAGGUGGAAAGAGUGAAAAGGAACACUUGCAAAUUUUACGAAGAAUCUUCAAGCGAAUGCGAGAAUACAACUUUUAUUUGUCAAAGGAGAAAUGCGAAUUGUGCAGACCACAUGUGGAGUUCCUGGGACACAUUCUAUCGGAGAAGAGCAUCCACACGGAUCCAAACAAGAUAGCAGCCAUAGAGAUUAUACAACGUCCACAAAACGUUACGGAGCUAAAAUCCUUUUUGGGUCUAGUAAACUUUUAUAAUAAGUUCGUUCCAAAUUUCGCAAGUUUUUGUGAACCUCUUUACAGACUGACUCGUAAUGAGGUGGAAUGGCAAUGGACAAGUAAAUGCGAAACAGCAUUUAAUCGUGUAAAAAGUACUCUCUCUGGUGCCCCAAUCCUUACAAAUUUCGAUCCAGAUCUAGCAAUCGGAAUUAGCUGCGACGCGUCAUCAAUAGGAGUAGGUAGCGUACUUUUCCACCGAUGUCAAGAAGGAGGGAAGAUGAUUGAAAGGCCAAUAGCAUUUGCAUCCCGGGUGUUGUCAGCAGCAGAAAAAAACUAUUCUCAAAUAGAGAAGGAAGGACUCGCUAUUAUAUGCGCAUUGAAGAAGUUUUAUAGGUAUCUUUGUGGUCGUCGCUUUAUUCUUAUAACUGACCAUAAGCCACUUUUAUCCAUGGGUCCAAAGACAUCAUUACAACCAUAUGCAGCAGCAAGACUUCAUCGUUGGAAUGUAUAUAUGUCACAAUUUGAGUACGACAUAGAAUACAGACCCACAGUAGAACAUGGUAAUGCGGAUGCGUUAUCGAGACUACCGGAUAAAAAUAUACCAAGGGAAGAGGAAGAUUCAAAGGAUAUAAAAUUGAUUACUACGGAAAACAUAGAAAUGUUGCCAGUAACGCUUAAGGAGAUACGCACUGCUACAGCAAGGGAUAAGGUACUCUCAAAAGUAUUGUCAUUCAUUAGUAGUAAAUGGCCAAACUCAAUAGGAAAGGAAGAUGAAGAUCUACACAGCUACUUCAGGAAACGAGAAGAGUUAACUAUACAACAAGGAGUAAUAAUGUGGGGGAUCAGAGUAGUCAUCCCUUACACACUUCAGAAGAAGCUUCUUCAAAGUCUUCAUGAAACACACACUGGAAUUGUCAAAAUGAAAGGCCUAGCAAGACAGUACAUAUGGUGGCCAAAUAUGGACAAGGAGAUAGAAGACAUUGCAAAAAGCUGUACCAGUUGUUGUGCUAGCAGGCCGGAUCCACCAAGCGCACCGUUACACCCAUGGCAGUUUCCAGAAAAACCAUGGCAGAGACUUCACAUCGAUCUCGCAGGACCAUUGCAGAACAGGAUGUUCCUGAUAAUCAUGGACGCACAUACAAAAUGGCCAGAAGUAUACGACAUGCAUGGGGACACUACGAGCAAGAAAGUAAUUGAGAAGCUGAGAGACUGUUUUGUGAGAUUUGGUAUUCCAGAACAAAUAAUCUCAGAUAACGGAAGACAAUUCGUAUCAGCAGAGUUCAAGAGAUUCUGUAGGAACAAUGGGAUUCGACACACAACGAGUUCUGCGUACCAUCCACGAACCAAUGGAGAAGCGGAACGAUUCGUACAAACGUUCAAAAAAGCAGUAUCUAAGUCAGAAGGCGAAUUAAUUUUCCGGGUGCAACGCUUUCUUUUUAGUUACAGGUGCACGCCACACACGACUACAGGGACAUUACCAGCGGAGUUGCUCAUAGGACGCAGACCACGGAAUGUAUUCGAUUUAGUAAAACCCGAUGUCCAGAGAACAGUAGCAGCAGCACAAGCCAGACAAGAAAAGAAUUAUAAUUCUCGAGUAAGGAAUCGCAAGUUCGAAGAGGGAGAAAAGAUUUGGGUUCGUACAUAUUACAAAAACGAAGCCAAAUGGUCACUAGGAGUCAUUGUUAAAGUUUUGGGACCAGUAACGUAUCUUGUUCGAGUUGGAGAUCAAUCCUACAAGCGUCAUGUGGACCAAAUUUACAAUGCCAUGCCUAUUCGAGUUAAUCCGGGAGAGGAAGAAGAGGAAGAAGCCUUACCGGACAAUACGCAGAUCAAGCAGGAAUCAGAGUCAACACCAUCAGGAAGUGACGAGGAGCAAGAAAACUUCGAAACAGCAGAGUCCUCAGAUACUUCUGAGGCGGAGCAACCAUCUCCACAACGAUCUCUGGAACCGGAAACUGUACCAUCAGGUCAACGCCCGCAACGCAAUAGGAAGCAGCCAAACCGAUUGGAGUAUUACACAAAAGGGAAUCCAAAAGGGUAUACUUCCAAGAAAAAAGGGAAGGAGAUGUAG